AUGCCAGCAGAAGCGAUAGAAUUCGGCGAGUGGUUGUCGCGGGUCGCUGUGCCGGCGGUGCGCGGGCGCACACUCAGCGAGUCACGGGCGAGGGCGCUCACCCUUCGUCGCACCAUGGAUUUUCUUGAGAUUUGUUUUGUGGUAGAGGCAAACGUGAGAAUGGGUCACCUGAUGGUACCUAAAUGGCUACAGUCGCUUCUGGACAUCGGCAGUUUCAGUGGCGUAGCGUGGAUUACUGGCGCGCCGGGCGAAAGACACUGUGCCACCCCUGCAAAAUCUCAACUUUUGCCCUACGAAAAUAGAAAAGAAUUUUAA